UGUGCUGUGCUCUUUCAUCCAGGGGAAGUGGAGGCCGCCGACCCGAAUGACCCUCUGGGAGAGCUGGAUGGACAGGACGGCCCUAUUCCGACUCUGAAAGGCUACUUCCUGAAUUUUCUGGAGCCGGUGAACAACAUCACCGUAGUGCAGGGCCAGACGGCCAUCCUGCACUGCAAGGUGGCUGGAAACCCGCCCCCCACCGUGCGGUGGCUGAAGAACGAUGCCCCAGUCGUGCAGGAGCCGCGGCGCGUCAUCAUCCGCAAGACGGAGUACGGUUCUCGGCUGCGAAUCCAAGACCUGGACACGACCGACACGGGCUACUACCAGUGCGUGGCCACCAACAGCGUGAAGACCAUCACCGCCACCGGCGUCCUGUUUGUGCGGCUCGGUCCAACACACAGCCCAAAUCAUAACUUUCAAGAUGACUACCAUGAGGACGGAUUCUGCCAGCCUUACCGAGGGAUCGCCUGUGCGCGCUUCAUCGGGAACCGGACCAUUUAUGUGGACUCCCUCCAGAUGCAGGGAGAGAUCGAAAAUCGAAUCACAGCGGCCUUCACCAUGAUCGGCACCUCCACGCACCUGUCGGACCAGUGCUCGCAGUUCGCCAUCCCCUCCUUCUGCCACUUCGUGUUCCCGCUGUGCGACGCGCGCUCCCGGGCGCCCAAGCCGCGCGAGCUGUGCCGCGACGAGUGCGAGGUGCUGGAGAGCGACCUGUGCCGCCAGGAGUACAGCAUCGCGCGCUCCAACCCGCUCAUCCUCAUGCGGCUGCAGCUGCCGCGCUGCGACGCGCUGCCCCUGCCCGAGAGCCCCGACGCCGCCAACUGCAUGCGCAUCGGCAUCCCGGCCGAGCGGCUGGGCCGCUACCAGCAGUGCUACAACGGCUCCGGCACAGAUUACCGGGGCACCGCCAGCACCACCAAGUCAGGGCACCACUGCCAGCCGUGGGCCCUGCAGCUCCCGCACAGCCACCACCUGAGCAGCGCCGACUUCCCCGAGCUCGGAGGGGGCCACGCGUACUGCCGGAACCCGGGGGGCCAGAUGGAGGGCCCUUGGUGCUUCACGCAGAAUAAAAACGUACGCAUGGAACUGUGUGACGUACCCCCUUGUAGCCCCCAGGACAGCAGCAGGAUGGGAAUUCUGUACAUCUUGGUUCCGAGCAUCGCGAUUCCCCUGGUCAUCGCGUGCCUAUUCUUCCUGGUCUGCAUGUGCCGGAAUAAGCAGAAGUCCUCUGGGUCCACCCCGCAGCGGCGGCAGCUGAUGGCGUCACCCAGCCAGGACGUGGAGAUACCCCUCAUCAGCCAGCACAAGCAGGCCAAGCUCAAGGAGAUCAGCUUGUCCUCAGUGAGGUUCAUGGAGGAGCUCGGGGAGGAUCGCUUCGGGAAGGUCUACAAAGGCCACCUGUUCGGCCCGGCGCCAGGGGAGCAGAGCCAGGCCGUGGCCAUCAAGACGCUGAAGGACAAGGCGGAGGGGCCCCUCCGGGAGGAGUUCCGGCAUGAGGCCAUGCUUCGGGCGCGGCUGCAGCACCCCAACGUCGUGUGCCUGCUGGGCGUGGUGACCAGGGACCAGCCCCUGAGCAUGGUCUUCAGCUACUGCUCGCACGGGGACCUCCACGAAUUCCUGGUCAUGCGCUCGCCGCACUCGGACGUGGGCAGCACCGACGACGACCGCACGGUGAAGUCCGCGCUGGAGCCGCCCGACUUCGUGCACGUGGCGGCGCAGAUCGCGUCGGGCAUGGAGUACCUGUCCAGCCACCACGUGGUGCACAAGGACCUGGCCACCCGCAACGUCCUCGUGUACGACAAGCUCAACGUGAAGAUCUCGGACCUGGGGCUGUUCCGGGAGGUGUACUCGGCCGACUACUACAAGCUGAUGGGCAGCGCGCUCCUGCCCAUACGCUGGAUGUCCCCCGAGGCCAUCGUGUACGGCAAGUUCUCCGUGGACUCGGACAUCUGGUCGUACGGCGUGGUGCUGUGGGAGGUCUUCAGCUACGGCCUGCAGCCGUACUGCGGCCACGCGAACCAGGACGUGGUGGAGAUGGUGCGCAGCCGCCAGGUGCUGCCCUGCCCCGACGACUGCCCGGCCUGGGUGUACGCCCUGAUGCUCGAGUGCUGGAACGAGUUCCCCAGCCGGCGGCCCCGCUUCAAGGACAUCCACGGCCGGCUCCGGGCCUGGGGCAACCUGUCCACCUACAACAGCUCGGCGCAGACCUCGGGGGCCAGCAACGCCACGCAGACCAGCUCCCUGAGCACCAGCCCGGUCAGCAACGUCAGCAACGCCCGCUACGGGGGCCCCAAGCCCAAGGCCCAGCCCUUCCCGCAGCCCCCAUUCAUGCCCAUGAAGGGCCAGAUCCGGCCCAUGGUGCCCCCUCCCCAGCUCUACAUCCCCGUCAAUGGGUACCAGCCGGUGCCGGCCUACGGGGCCUACCUGCCCAACUUCUACCCGGUCCAGAUCCCGAUGCAGAUGGCCCCGCAGCAGGUGCCCGCCCCGGCGGUCCCCAAGCCCGGCUCCCACCACAGCGGCAGCGGCUCCACCAGCACGGGCUACGUCACCACGGCGCCCUCCAACACGUCCGUGGCGGACCGGGCAGCCCUGCUCUCCGAGGCCACCGAGGACGCACCGCACGCCCCAGAGGACACGGCCCAGAGCCCUGUGCAGCAGGCCGAGGAGGACGGCUCCGUCCCGGAGACCGAGCUGCUGGGGGACAAUGACACCCUGCAGAUGGACGAGGCCGAGGUCCAGCUGGAGGCCUGAGGGGCACGCGGGGCGGCUUGGGCACCCCCUUCCCCGCCCCCCCCGCCCCCGCUGGUUUGCGCUGUCCCCGAGCGAAGUCUCCUCCGCUGUCCUCGUGAGCACAGACAGAGCUGCCGUUGUGGCCACUCGUGCGUGGACGGUCUCCGUGCUGGCGCCGGCAGGGGGCCCGGGAAGAUGCGUGGCGCCCACCUGCACGGUCUGCAUCCCCUGAGGUUAGACCACAGCGCGCACUGCCCGGCUUUGCAGGAAGGAGGCUUCCACGCCAGCAUGUGGAUUGAACGUGGUGAAUCUUCUGGAAUAUGGGCCCGCAGGGGCAGUGAGGUGCAACCUUGGGCUUUGAGAUUCCCGGCGGCCAGCCUGUGCGAGAUCGGAGGAGGCCUGCGUUCCCCCCGCCGCCCCCUGCCCGUGACUGUCUCCCUCCAGCCGCCCGCCAGGACCCUGCUGCCCGCCAUGGUCCCCCGAGCCCGGGCUUCCGCAGUGCAAGUUCUGUGUGCCUUAAAUGAAAAUGUGCCUUAAAAAAAAAAACAACCGAUGUGAUUUUGUAUUUUUGUGACGUGGUUUGAAUUACCCUGCAUGUGUAUUUUGCCCACUUGUCUGGAAAGUGUUUCUGGGGUUUGGAAACGUUAGGAGCAACGUUGUACAGAGCACAGUAUUGUUAUUUUGUUCCUUUAGAAUCAUGUACAGACCUUAAAAAUGUAAUUUAUGUGGUUUUCCUAUGCCACUCCCAGUGAAGUAUUGUGAGCUUUAGUAAUUUAACUGUUUACGUUACCCGCUGUGGAAUGCCACCUGGUUUUCCCGUUUGUUUGUUUGUUUGCUCGUGUUCCUGCGAGAUGGAGGCGAGGUCCGUUCAUUUCAGCGCCGCCGGGAGAGAAGGCUCACGGCUCCCCGCGCCGCCCGCACGCCCACAGCUCCCACUUGUAACUCCCGUACCUGGCGUAUCCAAU